GAAAAAAAAAUUACAAAUUUGUUGUAUUAACCAGACGCUGCCGUUCCUGCAUGAGUUGGACCUCUGGCUAGCCCGCAGGCCAUUACAUUGUUUUGUUUACUUGUUGAGCAGGAAUUAAUAAUUUCCCGCAACCAUAGACAAGAAAAGUCUUGAUGUAUUAAAAUGGUGGAUGAAAAUUCAAUUGUUAAUCGAAGAUAUACUUACAUGCGUGAAUGUAAAUGGCCUACUGAAGCCAUUGACAUACACCAUGUUUUUGCCAGAAGAAGCAGUGCAAAGCGUUUCUUCAUUUAUCUCUCCGUCGUCGUUGUUUUAUCAAAUACAUUGUUUCUUCUUCUAUCCAAGAGCGAAUCAAUUUCUGUUCUUUUAUCGAGCUUGAUUAUAAGUGGAUUCUUUGUUAAGCUGUUGCUUUGGAAGCCUGUUGAAAAAGAAUCUGUUAUAAUAAUGCCGGCUUUGGGAGUUCAACUUGAAACUCACUAUUUAAGUGGAAGAAUUAUGCGCCGGUUUUUCCCGCUUGGCAAGAUUUUGAGACCUGUAUUGCUUGAAAGUGUGACUCCAACUACUUGUUACUGGAGCCUAUUGUUAGUUGUACGUGACGAAGGAGAGUUGAUGCCUGUGUUCAAGGAAUUACGUCCUCCAGUAAAGAUGUUAGUUCCCAUCUGGAAGGCUCUGUGUGCUACCAUUGAUGAUAAAAAAGGACCAGAUACAAACGACGGUUCAUGAUUUUAUUGUUUACCGAAAAAUUUGAUAUACCGGAGAACCACUUGUGGGCAGAUACACAUUAUCAAAUAACUGUAGGUGCAUGGUCGUCAAGUUGAACCAACUUAUGGUAGUGAAUUCAACCACUCCACUUUAUGUAGAAUAUCAUGACCUCUUGUUUUGAAACUGGCAGAGGAAGUCUUUACAUUGAACCUGCAACAUAAAUCAAACUCGUUGGAGAAGAUAAACUUACAAGCUUUAGCGCAGAAAAAAAAAAAAAUCUCCCAGGUAGAGGAAACAGAGGAGGUUAUGAUUCAUUAUGUACUAAAUCUAUUAUUACAAGAUCAAUAAACUAUUUAGGAUAAGCUAUAAACAGGAAAGAAGAAUGGCAAAGACUUCGCACUGGAUGAAUGUAUCAAUUUACAUAUAUAAGACCUCCAAAGCGAUCAUAGUAAUUUUGGUUUCUAUUAGAACCUAUAUUUACAUUUCUCACACAAAGAAGGAUCAAAGGAAGAGAAAUAUCUCAAGAACACAUGGCAGCCAAGGGGAAGAACAAAUAGCAAUUUCAUAGGAGCAAGGACCACCAAACUUGGAGCGGAUAUGUGGCAUUCCAAAGGGAGGAUUGGUUGUUGUGGAGCUCAAAAGUGAAGGAAAAGGAGAUGGGAAAGCAGUGGAGAAUUGACA